AUUACAACUUAUAUAAUAAGUUGGUAAAUUACGGUAAUUACGGCAUCAAUCUUUUCCUCCUAAAUUUUAUAUAUUCAGUUGGUAUACCUGCACGGCCACCAACACGAAGAGAAUGACGCGAGGUAGAAAGUUUGGUUUGACUUUUGACGUGACGUCUACGUUUUCGAUUGUCGACCGCUCAUUACCGCUAGCCAGCCGAUAUGCACUCCUUCCAACUCAUUUAAUUUAUACACGGAGUGUAGAGUAUUUUACUAAAAAUCAAUAAAACAUAAAAAAGCAACGUGUCGGGUUGCGAAUAAAUACGGUAGUGCGAAUAAAGUGCAUAAGAUGUGUUUGCCAUACAAGUUGUAAAAACAUCGGUGCGAUAUCCACAUUUUGGAUCCGGAAACCUACUUCCAAUAUUCGCAUACUUUUUAUCUCUUGUUUUAAUUUAAUCGUUCUUCUGUGAUAAUUGCCGUAGAUAUUAGUUAAACACCGCUAAUUGUGAUCGGUGGUUAAUAUCGUCGUCGCGAGUUUAGUUUCCAAUCACUCGGUCAGCGCGACCUUUAAGAAACCAGCGUGUACGAAUUGAUAUGUGGCAGUGAAGUGUAGAAGUAAACAUGUUUAGAAGCAAGAUAAGGAUUCACACAUGCAGAAUAAUCUUGCUGACAUCGUUAGUGUGGUUGUUAGUGGAUGUGGCUCUACUGACUUUGUACUCUGACUGUAUUGGUGACGGCUGGGAUUGCAACAAAAAUAAAAAUGCAGAUUUCGUUGCGCCGGACAACACACACAAAGAAGAGUACAGAGGCAAAAAAGCCGCUAUAGCGGCAGCGCUCAGAUCCGAACAAGAGAACGAGAUAGAAGACUCAAUCGCCGGCGAACAUGACGUGGAAGAUGUUGGAGAAGACGGGUUGCUACUGCCGCCGUAUCCCAAGUCUAGGCUUAAGCGGUGGGAGAAGGCGCCCACUGUGCUAGCGCAAGGGAACUCGCCUGGCGAAUUGGGUAAAGCGGUGAACAUCCCCAUAGAGCAAGAGAAGCUCAUGCUGGAGAAGUUCCAGGAGAACCAGUUCAACUUGAUGGCUAGUGACAUGAUCUCCCUCAAUAGAUCGCUUACCGACGUCCGGUUUGAGAAAUGCAAAGACAAGAGUUACCCGACGCUCCUGCCGACCACCAGCGUGGUCAUAGUAUUCCACAACGAAGCGUGGACUACCCUGAUCAGAACCAUCUGGAGUACAAUUAAUCGUUCGCCGAGGCCGCUACUCAAGGAAAUAAUACUAGUCGACGAUGCUAGCGAGAAAGAACACCUCGGCAAGAAGCUGGAAGACUACAUAAAGACGCUGCCAGUUCCCACGCACCUGUUCAGGACAGAGAAACGCUCAGGUCUCAUCCGAGCGCGUUUGCUCGGCGCUAAACACGUCAAAGGAGACGUCAUCACCUUCCUCGAUGCCCACUGUGAAUGCACGGAGGGUUGGCUCGAACCAUUACUGGCCCGAAUAGUCGAAGAUAGAAGCACAGUAGUGUGUCCUAUCAUUGACGUCAUCUCGGACACCACGUUUGAGUACAUCCAGGCUUCGGACAUGACCUGGGGAGGCUUCAACUGGAAACUCAACUUUAGAUGGUACCGCGUGCCCGAACGCGAGAUGCAGCGUCGCGGCGGCGACCGCACGGCGCCCCUCCGCACCCCCACAAUGGCCGGCGGGCUGUUCGCCAUCGACCGGGACUACUUCUACAAGAUCGGCUCCUACGACGAGGGCAUGGACAUCUGGGGCGGAGAGAAUCUAGAGAUGAGCUUCCGGGUGUGGAUGUGCGGGGGCACGCUGGAGAUCGCACCGUGCUCGCACGUGGGCCACGUGUUCCGCAAGACCACGCCCUACUCGUUCCCGGGCGGCACCGGCCGAGUGGUCAACCACAACAACGCGAGGCUGGCCGAGGUGUGGCUCGACGACUGGAAGCAUUUCUACUACAACAUCAACCCAGGAGCGCUCAACGUGCCGGUUGGCGACGUGAGCGAACGGAAAGCGUUACGAGAGAAACUGAAGUGCAAGAGCUUCCGCUGGUACCUGGAGAACAUCUACCCGGAGAGCCAGAUGCCACUCGAUUAUUACUACCUUGGAGAGAUACGCAAUGCGGAGACGUCCAACUGUCUGGACACGCUCGGGGGGAAGGCGGGGCAGCCUCUCGGCAUGGGCUACUGCCACGGCAUGGGGGGCAACCAGGUGUUCGCGUACACGAAGCGUAAGCAGGUGAUGUCGGACGACAACUGCCUCGACGCGGCGCACCCGCGCGGGCCCAUCAAGCUGAUCCGCUGCCACGGCAUGCGCGGCAACCAGGAGUGGACCUACGACUCCAAGGCGCGAACGAUAAAGCACACCAACACGGGCAUGUGUCUCGACAAGCCCGAGUCGGCGGACGUGUGGAAGCCGGUGCUGCGGCCGUGCAACCGCUCGCGCGGCCAGCAGUGGCUCAUGCAGGUCGACUUCAAGUGGCAGGCGCGCCGCAACCAGCGCGAGCGGGACAGCUAGUCCGCGACCCCCGCACAGAAUCAACAACGAUAGACCAUAACAGUCUUCCCCUCUCGUUAGAUAUCAGAUUUUAUUCCUUAUUUCUAUAUCUGAAGUUUUAUAUCUAUUAGAUGUAUUGACAUUAGUGAAGUCCUGUGAAUUGUUGACAAUACAUAAUGUAUGCUGUAAUAAGUUGUAUUCCCUAUAAAUAUUGCUCAAACUUAUGUAUUUGUUUGGUGUGUUGUAGAGUGAGUUAUUUUUGUAUUGUUUGAAUUUUAUAUGUCCUUUGUAAAUCAGGGAUGGUUUAAAUUUUAUUUGCGAAUGCUGUUUCAAGGGGAGUUCGGAUAUGUGAGAGAGUGAUCAAAAACCAGGAAAUCAGUUGACAACCAAUACUUACUGCUAAAUCUGUCGCUAUUCUUGAGAACCUUAUCUUCAUUACUAAGUGCUGACUUACGAGCUUUAUUUUACAUAGUUAUACCUGAAUUAUAUAGGUAUUUGUUACUUCGCGAGGUUUGGUUGUCAACCCAAUAAAUAUACUUAACAAGCAACAUUGUUCUAAAAAUGCAAAUAGGUGACUUAAAAACGUGAUCAGGAUCGUUGUAAACCACAGACAAAAGGUUAAAGUAACAAGUGUAAGCAUACCCACGGUUCAUUGCAAGUCGUACGUAUUGUUUUCAAACGUUCCCCGAUAGUUAUUAAAAUAAUUGAAAUUAUCUUUGAAUCUGAACGAUACUCUCUUCCAUGACCAAUAAGUUUAUCGCGAGCUCACAAUCUAGUAUUCUAAUGGACUUUAAUAUAUACUUUAUAUUUGUAUUGUUUAGUCGGCAAUGUUUUAUAUUAGUAUAACGUUGUUAAUACGCUGGUGUUCUUAUCUGAGAGUAACGUACCUAUAGAAAUAUGGUUAAUAUAUGAGCUAGCAUAGCAAGUAUGAUUAUCACGGGUAAGACAUUGUAUAUAACGUUAAAAUCACAACAAGAGGUGCAGUAUUGACUCCUUUUCGCUAUUUACUUUAUUCAUCACUUCAAUUUAAAUGGCGUAGCUAAGCGAAGCCCGACCUAACUAAAGACAACACUUACAAACAAUGAAAAUUAAGACUAGCUUAUGUUUUCGCUUUGUUUGGAUUGGUUGGACACUUUUUGUUUAACUCUUUCUAAAAGCUGGUGUUAAAUAUGCUGGCCAAGUUUUCUACAAGCAGUGAUGAAUUCCAUCCUAUUAAGCCGCCAUUUGUUGUGACUUGGGUAUAUCCCCACUAAGUUUAUUAUCAAUCUCUGUGAUUUAGUCACAAUUUUUAGUGUGUGUAUCAGUAGUGUCCAUAAACAUUGCUGUUUAACUUAAGAGUUCAGAUUUAUUACGAGUUCUUUUACGCGCAGGAAAAGUUAUAAUAUUGAAAUAGUCAGUUAUUUUACAUGGAACUAACAAGACAAGAAAUCCCAACGAAAAAAACAAUAUUUUGUAAAACCGAUGAUAAUAUAGUAGUGGGAAUAUACCGUUAAAAUUGCCGAUAUCAAAGAGAAUUGAUUGUAAUAGAGAGGUAAAAUCUAAGAAAAAACGGCGCUGUACUGCGCCAUAUGUUUUGUGGUCACUGUAUUGUCAAACGUCUACUUUUUUACAAUCGGAGUUACCACCAGAGUAAAUCAAAUUCGAAGCACGAAAUUGUCUUAGAUUUUACAUAUCUUACUUCAUCAAUUUAUCUUUGCCGAUAUUCAUAGUUAGUAUUUUUGUGUAGGUAAUAAUUAUUUUCACAGAGAGGUGCUAACGACUUUGCCACUAAGUAUAAAUUACCUGUAUAUUUUAUUAACGCAUUGGUUAGGACGGCUAGGCACGCAGUUUGUGCCAUAUCUUACGCCAGACAGCCCAGAUUUGCCACGUAUAAUCUUUUUAGAAAAAUAUAUAGCUUUAGCAAGUAUAUAUACUUGUCUUUUGACCAUCAUAAUUCCAUUUAGUAAAUACUAUAUAUAUUGUUAUUUUAUCUAAGAGUGAUUACUUUUUUUUCCCAUUUUUCGAGGAAUGAGUUUUGUAUCUGAGAAGGAAUUGUUAUUCAAUAUUAUAGGAUGCCUGACUGUUAUGUAAUAAUGACUUUUUUUGUUUAUUAGGAUCACUGUUAUUAUACUAUUACUGCCAUGUUUUAUAAACAAUGGGGAAUCUACGUCGAAUUGUAAGGUUAUUUUGUAAUUUGUACACCGUCACUUUAUACUCGAGUGUGUUGUGAUACCACGUCUCACGAAGUGCUUGUGUUUCAAUCAUUCGUAGGUCUUUCGCGUGUGAGAUUACUGUAGGUAAAUGAUGGAAUUAUAUCGCCGUGUAUUGCAGCUACAACAAACCGAAUCCCGCAUUUUAUGUAUUUAAACUUGUAUAGUCAUGAUAGCAAGGGUCCUAAUUGGCUUGCGGGAAAGGUGCGAAAAGCACGUGCGAUGAGAUUACGUUCUAAAAUAAUUGGAAGUUGCCUUGUUUUUAUUAGGUCUCAAAUAAAUACACGUUAUCGUAUAUAGUAGUGUGUAUAAAUAUUUUAAAGCAUAUCGUAUGUAGGGCUUGAUGGAUUGGCGCCGUUAUAUUUUCUUAAAUAAAGUAGAAAUUUUUAAUGUAGUGUAGCGUAAACGUAGAUCAUAUUCCUCAUAUUACCCUGUUUAAUAAUAAUAUUUUAUCAAAAUCGGGCCCUUAACAACGAAAGUAAAUUAACUUUUUUAUUGAUUGUAUUAUACUAGGAAUAGUAAUAUAAAUAUAUUUGUUCCAUUUCGCUUUUAAAGUUAGCUAAGUAACGGCCAAUCGAGGGCCAUUUUGUCCUCUCUUUGCCGAAUUAUAUGUAAUAUUGUAUUAUGCAUUUUAUUCAAUGUCCAUUUAAUAUUUAUUUUUAGUAUGUAGCAUCACAGAGUGAGUAUGUAUAUUUUUGGGAAAAAUUCUUCACGUUUUUGGAGUAGCUCAGCACCAAUCGGUCAUAGAUUAAAUUAACCCCACAGUGAAACUGGCGUGUAUGAUUUGCUUACUGUUGAUAGAUUUCAAUAUUUGUAGAUAUACAUUCUAAAUUUUAAAAUUCCAAUUUCAACUGGUUUCUAACAUAGUAAAAUAUUUGGAUUGAACAUAAACAUAUCGGUUUUAGUUUAUUUUUGAACUAGAUAUAAUCUACUUAUUGAUUAUCUAUCUGCAUUGACACAUUAUGCACUCGAUGAGAUAAAAAUUGAGAUUUAUUACAUUAAAAUAAUUAAAAUUUAAACUGAACUUAGUUAUUUAUUAUGUACGCAACAUUACGGAGUCGAUAAUAUUUUGUUAUUUAUGACCUGUGUUGUUUUUUAAGCAUAAAUAUUAUGUAGAUAUUAUAUAGACGAGAUUGUAUCUUUUUUUGUAAAUAAUUUGUUUUAUGUGAAAUUGUCCUAUUGUGAAGCUAUUCAUUAGGCAGCUGCCCCACAGCCGGGCGACGAGAAAUCGAUUAGUUAGCAAAUAUUGUCUUACUCAAAAUAUGUACUACAAUAGUCUACUCAUAGACGAUACAUUUAAUAGUAGAUCGUCGACUUUGCCAACGUGAUUUCUCAAGUUCUAUUUCUUCCUUUUCUACUCAUAUCUCGUUGAUCGAAGCCAGUGGAUCAGCUGCCUAGGUGUAGACCAGAAGACAUCAUGAAAUAAGAAAGCAUUUAUUUGUCGUCGGUAUAGCGACUGGAAUUUACACGAUAUAAUGCAUUUAAAAAUUAUAUACUUUUAUCGGACACGUUAGAAUUGAUUUAUAUUUAAAUAGUCCUAAAACGCGGGAAAAUUAUGACUUAUUUAAUAUGCAAUAGCCGAACCGUCGUAUCUAAAAACGGAAUCUCAUUGUUUAAUAAAAUUCAUAAAAUAGAUAUUUUAAGUGCCAAAUUCGCCGUUUAUUUUAAAUGUAAUAAUUGUGUAUAACCCGUGAACACCAUUCCAACUGACGAUAACUAAACUUAUAUUGUGAGUAUUGAAUAUUAAAUAUUUGGACUGAA